AUGACCUCAGGCAGGGUGGUUCCAUGGAACCAACAUGAACUAAAGAGAACAGAAACCAUACAACACUUUGUAAAUCAGUUUUCUAAGUGGCAAUGUCGAAUGACGGGAUACAUACGUGAACUACAAGAGAUUGCAAACAGUAUUGAUCGGUAUCACAAAGGUGCCACAAUUGCAAAUGUCACAGGGUCUUCUGCAGGUGCUGUAGGAGGUGUGCUUACGUUUGCAGGAAUAAUUGCUGCGCCUUUCACUGCUGGCAGCUCCCUGAUACUCACCGCAGUGGGAGCGAGCAUAGGAGGAGCUGGUGUUGUCACUAACUUGACAGCUAGCAUCACUGAAUAUGUUACACGGUCAAAGAUGCAGAAAAGGGUAGAUGAGAUCAUCAGACAAUAUAAAAAUGAUUGGAAAGUUAUAUCAGCACACUUGACGAACAUCGACAGUAAUCUCCAGUUCCUGUGUCUUCUUAGUGAGGAAGAAAAUACCGAAUGUGAUUGUAAUGAAGGCACAACAGGGGAUUGUCAAAGGAACAGCAAAGUAAAGCAAGUCACCAGUAAACACAGGGAAAAUUAUUUGCCCAAAGUUAAAGAUAGAUUAUAUUUACAAGGGGUUAGGGAGGAAAGGAAUAUUUUCAACAAAUGCAGGAAAAAGUAUUUUGAUGAAGUUAAAGCUGGAUUACAAUCUGGUUCCAUCGGCGUUAACACAUUUAAACUGACAGCAUCAAUCAUGGGCAAACAAGUCUUACGCAAAUCUCCUGGCCUUAGCAAACUAGCUGAGAAGUUGACAUCUCUGAGUCGCAAUGUUCGAAGAACACAGUAUGCCCUGGAAACUGGGAAAGUGAAACAACUGCUUUAUGGAACUCCUCUAGCUUUGUCCAAAACUACAAGAGCUGUUUCAGGAGUUGUGGGAGCACUCUUUAUAGUGUGGGAUAUCUACUCUAUAACUAAGGAUUCUAUUGAGCUGAGCAAAGGAAGUAAAACUGAAGUAGCUAAAAAGUUACGAGAUGAUGCUCAGAAGAUAGAUGAUGCGUUAAACCUGUAUGAGGACAUAUGCCAGUUUCUAAAAAGGUUCUUGAGAGAGACUGGGACAUUGGAUAUUUCCAGUGGCAUUGGACUUAGAUCAUAG